AACCAGGAAGUACUUUUGUAUGCGCUAGCUAACUAGCUGCGGUUAGCACAGAGGACUGAAAGUGUGUGACAGCAAAGUUUGUCUCGGCUCGAUUCACGACUCCAGCUUUCGUUCAUGUGCAUUAAACACAUGCCCGGUAACGUCGUGGAGAGCAGGCAGGUCUCUCGCAGUGAAAAUUGUGUGCCAUGAAAAUCACUUUCUUACCACUGUCUGACAGGCCAUGAUAGGCUUGUCAAGUUAUGCAGGGGUUAUGGAAAGUCUAAUGAAUUCUGCUGAAGAGCAGCAACCCUCCUCUCCCCUGGCCAACUCAUGGUCCAAACAACAGGACUCAAGCAAAAUUCAGAAGCCAAAAUGUGUUGGUGGAUUUGUUUUAGUGCAUGCAGGAGCAGGAUACCAUUCUGAAUCUAAGGCCAAGGAGUAUAAGCAUGUAUGCAAAAGAGCCUGCCAGCGAGCCGUGGAUCGACUCAAAGCUGGAGCACUUGCAGUAGAAGCAGUGGCUGCAGCACUGGUUGAACUUGAGGACUCUCCUUUUACAAAUGCGGGCAUGGGCUCCAACCUUAAUUUGUCAGGGGAAAUUGAAUGUGAUGCGAGUAUCAUGGAUGGGAAGUCGCUCCAUUACGGCGCCGUCGGGGCCAUUAGUGGUAUUAGGAAUCCAGUCUUAGUUGCAAACCGUCUACUGAGCGAAGCACAGAAAGGGAAACUAUCAGCUGGCAGAAUACCACCCUGCUUUUUAGUGGGGCGAGGAGCACACGACUGGGCAGUGAGCCAUGGAAUACCACCAUGCCCCUCAGAGAAAAUGGCCACCAAGUUCAGCUUGUCUGCGUAUAAGAGAAACAAACGAAAGAUGGAGCUGGCAGAAAAAAUGGACACAGGACAUAAUCAGGCAAAGAAAAGACGACAAUCAAGUGAAAAUGAAAAUGGUUCAGGGUGCCUCGACACAGUGGGAGCCGUUGUGGUAGACCUGGAAGGGAAUGUAGCUGCAGCAGUGUCCAGUGGAGGUCUGGCCAUGAAGCAUCCUGGCAGGGUUGGCCAGGCUGCUCAUUAUGGAUGUGGCUGCUGGGCUGAAAAUGCCUGUAAUAUGAACCCUUACUCUACAGCAGUGAGUACCUCAGGCUGUGGGGAGCAUCUGAUUCGCACCAUGCUGGCACGCGAGUGCUCUGCUGCCAUGCAGUCUGAAGAUGCCCACCAAGCGCUGCUGGAGGCUAUGCAAAACAAGUUCAUCAGCUCACCCUUUCUGGCCAGUGAAGAUCGCGUCUUGGGUGGAGUAAUUGUCUUGCGCUGCUGCAGAUGUGUGGAAGCUCAGCCAUCACAAAAUAUUCAGGGUAUACUGGUGGAGUUCCUAUGGAGUCACACCACAGAAAGCAUGUGUGUUGGCUACAUGUCGGCCCAAGAUAGCAAAGCUAAGACACACAUAUCCAGAUUACCACCUGGGACCGUUCCUGGACAGUGCUUGGCCAUUGAAGGAGGUGUGUGUCGACUGAUGAGCGUAGUGGAGUGAGCCGCAUUUGCCCUCCUUCUGGGCUUCUUCAGCAAUACUCCAAACCCUUCGACCCACACACACACACACACACACACACACACACAAACACAAACACCACCUUUUUUGAUGCCAGAAGUAAUAAGCUUUAGCUGUUUUAACAGGUGCCCAGGAAAGAUGGAGGGGUGUUAGCUUCUACUUAGUGCACUUACAGGACUUCCCUUUGCCACUGUAUGCCUCCAGCAUGUACUCUAUACCAACAUAACCCCCCUUCGAAGCUCUCCAGUGUCACCUGGAUCAGACUUGAUGCACCAUUGCCUUGAUGCACCCUUUUGUCUUUGUUACUCUUAUCCUUUCCUACUCUUUUUCCUUUUGUAUAUAAGCUAUGAUUUAGGAAAACAGGGUGGAUGUUUAUGUUGUUUUGUACGGCUGAACAGAUGUGACUAUUUUCAAGCAUUUAGGAAUUUCAAAUGCAGGAACUUAUUUUGUUUUUACUUUUCGAGUUUAAAACGAUGUCCGAUUGCACCUUGUGGAAUGCCUGCUACUUAAGAUAAUUGUUAAGAGUGAAGCGUUUAUAGCUGUGAGAGUUGAAAAGUCAUUAUAAAAGCAAUUUACAACGUUAACACAUACAGAUCAACUUCCAUAUACAUAUAUUGUUAUUAAUACUCCAGCAUACUGUAUAAUGUAGCAUACUGUGCAUCUUAGCUCAUGAAGAAUUUUAUAACCAUUUCAGCCAUUGAAUGCUUUGCUUUGAUCGUUUUAAAAUGUGAAUACAUAGCUAUUGCAUGUGCAAAAUCUACAGUAAGCCACUUUGUGUUCUUUGACGGGCGUAGAGUUGAUUAAGAAGCAGGAAGAUAUGCACUUCCAGAGUGAUGCUGAUACAUAUUAUAUAUAGUGCUCAGGUAGCAGCAUUUGACCCCACCGCCAAACAUGACUGUUAGUCAUCAUUUAAAAAUCACAAUUUAUAUUUGUAUCGUCACAUUGACAGAGACUUGUAUUUUCUUGCUUAAAAAAAAAAAAAGGACCGCUCAAAACUAAUUUAUGUAUUAAGCCCAUGAACU